UCCAUAACAAUUAGAUUGAGAAUGCCUAUAUAAAAACAAAAUAAAACAAUGGAAUUAUCCUUCGAAACCGGAGCUAUUUCACCACUGCCACGUAAUCAUGUCGUUUUGUUCCCCUUCAUGUCCAAAGGCCACACAAUCCCACUCCUCCACCUGAGCCGCCUCCUCAUCCUCCGCUGUAUUUCCGUCUCCUUCUUCACCACUCCAGCUAACCGCCCAUUCAUUGUUGAUUCUCUCUCCGAUACCACCGUCUCUAUAAUCGAUCUCCCCUUCCCGGAAAAAGUAAACGGAAUCCCGGCCGGCGUUGAGAGCACAGAUGGUCUCCCAUCCAUGUCUUUGUUCCACUCCUUCGCCAUGGCUACUGUUAUCAUGAAACCCGACUUCGAUCGAGCCCUCAAGAAUCUCAACCCACCUCCGAGCUUCAUCGUCUCCGAUGGGUUCCUCUGGUGGACCCUCGAUUCGGCUUCCGAGAUGGGUCUCCCGCGGUUCGUUUCAUAUGGCAUGUCUAGCUACGCCCAGGUCCUUGUCAGAGUUUCGAUCCAAUACGGGCUUGUUCACGGAGUCCAAAACGAUGAACCAAUCACGAUCCCUCCUUUCCCAUGGAUUAAAAUAAGAAAAGACGACAUUCCCAAGUUUUCAGAUAUGCCGGGAAAUAGUUCGGAGCUGGAAUUCAGUGCCAAAACAAUAGAUGCCACGUCUAGGAGUUUCGGCUUGAUUGUUAACAGUUUCUACGACAUUGAGUCAACUUAUGUUGACUAUUUUAAUCACAAGUGUCGGCCCAAAGCCUGGUGUAUUGGGCCCCUUUGUUUGGCAAGCCCACUAAAGAAUACAGACCCAGUAAACAAGUCUACGAUCAUUCGAUGGCUAGACCAGAAGCGAGACGAAGAAGAGGGCUCUGUUCUCUACGUGGCGUUCGGGUCUCAGGCUGAGAUGUCUUCCCAACAGCUCAAAGAAAUUGCAAUUGGGUUGGAAGAAUCCGAGGUAAAUUUUUUGUGGGUAUUGAGAAAGAGGGAGAAAAAUGAGAGGGAUAGCAACGAGUUUUUGUAUGAUGGGUUCGAAAAUAGGGUGAAAAACAGAGGAAUGGUGGUGAGAGAUUGGGUUGACCAGAGAGAGAUAUUAAGUCACGACAGUGUUCAAGGGUUUUUAAGUCAUUGUGGUUGGAAUGCUGUGAUCGAGAGCAUAUGCGCCGGCGUACCGAUUCUAGUGUUGCCCAUGACGGCAGAUCAGCCUUUGAAUGCGAAAAUGGUGGUGGAGGAGAUGAAGGUUGGGUUGAGGAUUGAGACUUGUGAUGGUUACGCAAAAGGGUUUGUGAAGAGCCAAGGAUUAAAGAACAAGGUGAAGGAGUUAAUGGAGGGGGAGACGGGGAAGGAAGUGGGGAAGAACGUGAAGGAAGUUGCAGUUAUUGCGAGGAAGGCUAUGGAAGAAGGUGGUUCGUCGUGGCAAGCAUUUGAUUCUCUCAUCGAUGAAGCAUUUAACUAUAUCUCUUAGAAAUAGUGUUGUUAUGUACUGUGAUUAACUUAUUAUAUUAACAAAGAAAAACAUGAUUUACUAAAUAGUAAAAAAAAAUUGAUUUUUGAUUUA